AUGGCCCUCCGCAUCGCCAACGCGCCCACCGCCGCCGGCCGCCGCUCGGUCACGUGCCGCGCCGCAGCCCCCCAGCCCGCCGCCCCCGGCCGCAGGGCCGCGCUCGGCGCGCUCCUCGGCGCCGCCAGCCUCGCGCUCGCCGCCCCGCGGCGCGCGCUCGCCCUCAUCCCCGACGAGGAGGACGAGGAGCUGCUCGAGCGCGCCAAGGCGAACCGCGCGGCGCGCCUGCAGAAGAACCAGGAGGUGACGCGUGCCUUUAUCAAGGAGGAGGGGCUGACCAACAAGCAGCUGGACUCGGAGCUCAUCCCCGUCCAGAAGGCGAUCACCAAGCUCGCGCAGUCGGGCUCCCAGCUCGAGGCGGACGACGUGAAGGCCGCCUCGUCCACCCUGAACGGCGACUGGGUCGACGAUUUCAAGAAGGCCAGCACCGUCCUCAGCACCACGGACGCCGCUAAGGGCGCCACCACGGCCCUGUUUGACGGCAUCGCUGGCCUGCGGAAGUCUGCCGGCAAGGGCGACAUCAAGGCCACCAAGCAGCAGUACGUCGCCGUGGUUGGCUCCCUCCAAAAGUGGGCCGACGCCGCCGGCGUCGCGGGCAACCUCAAGGGCCUGUGA